CAAGACGCCCGCUUCUAAGAAGCACCUCCUUCAAGACGCGGUUGAAUUGUAGUCACCCAUAGCGGACCAACACCAAUGGAAAAGUUGUCUCUGCUGAUUGAUGUAAGUAGAGAAUAAUCCACUUUACUCAACCCACUUGGAAACUAACGAUUCGCUUGGUGCAGACAGAGUUAUUGACCGUAAAGGGUUUAUUGAGUACCAGGCUGAUAAGUUCCAGUUGUCAAGUCCUCAGCGUGCAACAGAGCGGCGGAGGGACUUUCGCUUCAAGCCAGGCAACCAGCGACCGAUGAUGACCUCUCUCGCGGGUCAGUAAGGGGAAUCAGAUUUAUCCGUGCGCAACAACGCCGUAUCACGCCAUACAACAUAGGUGUUGCAGAGGAGUCAUGAACAGUGCGCUGUACCACUCAGCAGGAUUAUUCGGCUCACCAUCGGCUUCUGGAAGCUUAACUGCGGGAGGAAACAUGAUCGCCACGGCCAAGCCACUCGCUUUCUCAAUCGAACGGAUUAUGGCCAGGACACCUGAACCGAAGUCAAUGCAGCUCCCCAACGUGUUCCAUGCUCCCGGGGGGAAAGCGGACCCAAAGCAAACGCUCAGCGUGAAUCCAUCCUCACUGCACUGUAUGAUUCCAUUCGUGCCACUUGCCUACGAACCGGCGCACAAACUUCAUAUCAACGGACUAGAUGUAAACCACUUCGAUGCUUCCUCAUGUAACUCAAACGAUCUGGUGAGCAUAGGUUUGAAUUAUAAGAAUGAGCAUUCGGACGCGACUCAAACAGUUGGACAAUAUAAACUUUUCCGGCCCCGCGUGGUGAAUCAGGCUUCUUUCCACGCGAUGGGGGCUAUAUGUUACCUGAACUGUGGUGAGAGUUCGUGUCCACCUCCAACGGGCAUAGUAAAUAUCCACCCAAUGGCCUCUUAUUUUUUCAACUCUCCCCUGCAAGGUCGUCAGAAGGCUUGCCUUUCGGAGAAGACCAAAACGAGUCACGGUGCCGACAGGUACCAGUCUGGAAUGUCUUUCAAAGACCUGUCUCAAACUCAGCUGCACCAAUACAUGAAAGAGAGUGCACAGAUCCUUACGGAGAAACUAUUUAAAACAUCCUCAAAACUCAACGGCGCUCCACAGAGCAAGCCGAAAGUGUUUACAUGUGAAGUAUGCGGCAAGGUGUUCAAUGCGCACUAUAAUCUGACGCGCCACAUGCCUGUACACACGGGUGCCAGGCCUUUUGUAUGCAAGGUGUGUGGCAAAGGAUUCCGCCAAGCCAGCACGCUCUGUCGCCAUAAAAUCAUACAUACUCAGGAAAAACCACAUAAGUGUAACCAGUGCGGAAAAGCCUUCAACCGAAGUUCAACACUUAACACACACGCACGGAUCCACGCAGGUUACAAGCCUUUCGUCUGCGAAUUCUGUGGUAAAGGCUUCCAUCAAAAAGGUAACUACAAGAACCACAAGUUGACGCACAGCGGAGAGAAACAGUUCAAGUGCAAUAUCUGCAACAAAGCUUUCCAUCAAGUGUACAACCUGACAUUCCAUAUGCACACACACAACGACAAGAAGCCCUUCACCUGCCCCACAUGCGGCAAAGGCUUCUGCAGGAACUUUGACCUGAAAAAGCACAUUAGGAAACUACACGACAUGUCCCCCGGCCCACAAUCGCCUUGCGCACUCCCAAGCAUCAGUGCAGAGAGCCACUGAGACGUCGCCUUGAUUUCCGCAUGAACAAUACGCCUUUUUAAGAAGUGCAACGUCUUUCCACUGUAUAAUAGGGUAAGGUGUAGACUUUUGUGGUUUACCUGUUCUGGUACAACUCACCUGUGGACAUUACGCAUAUACGCGGAGCUCAAGACUGCCAUUCUGACCUCCCCUCAGGAUGAUAUUAUUUUAAAGGUCUCAAACUAUUUAUUUAAAACUGUGACUGUAAUUCUAAAAUAGUAUUUUAAACAAUUUAAACUGUGGCUAUACCGAGAAGAUUCGUUCUUGUGGUAUUUGUGUUAUGUCUCCCAAUUUUAUAUGGCCUUUAUUAUUUAUACUUUUGAUUCCAUGGCAUUGGCAACCUCUGAUUUAAAGUGUGUAAUUAUAUGCAAGAUUGUUGCUGUAUUAAAAAAAAAAAAUCUAUGUCAGUGACAUACUGCAAUUUAAUAACAAAUGAUUUUAAAUAGCCUAAUAACACCAGUUGCAAGGAAAGAAAAUGAAUAAAAGCUUAUAUAUGUCA